GGCCGGCGGGCCCGGGCAAGGCGCAGCCGCGCGGCCGAGGGGGGCGCUGGGGUGCGCGGCGCUGCCCCGGGCCCGGCAUGAAGGAGGACAAGGAGAACGCCAGGCCCAAGGAGCGCCGCGGGGGGCCCGGGCCCGCCGCUGGGGCCGGGGCCGGGGCCGGGGCCGGCUCGGAGGGCAGGGCCGGCGGCGCCGAGCUGGAGCGGCUGGAGCGGCCCAAGGACAAGAAGGAGGCGCUGAGCAAGGUGGUGAUCCGGCGGCUGCCGCCCAGCCUCACCAAGGAGCAGCUGGAGGAGCACCUGCAGCCCCUGCCCGAGCACGACUACUUCGAGUUCUUCGCCAACGACUCCAGCCUGUACCCUCACAUGUUCUCAAGAGCCUACAUCAACUUCAAAAACCAGGAGGACAUCGUGCUCUUCAGGGAUCGCUUUGACGGCUACGUGUUCGUUGAUCACAAAGGUCAGGAGUAUGCUGCCAUCGUAGAGUUUGCACCUUUCCAAAAAGCUGCAAAAAAGAAGAGCAAGAAAAAGGAUGCCAAAACUGGGACUAUUGAAGAUGAUCCAGAGUACAAGAAGUUUCUGGAAAGUUACAGUGCAGAUGAUGAAAAGCUAACCUCUACUCCUGAAACUUUGUUGGAGGAAAUAGAGGCAAGAAACAAAGAGCUAAUAGCUAAAAAGACUACUCCCUUAUUGAACUUCUUGAAAAAUAAACAGAGACUGAGAGAGGAGAAAAGAGAGGAGAGGAGGAGGAGAGAACUGGAAAGAAAAAGACAAAGAGAAGAAGAAAGAAGAAAAUGGAAAGAGGAGGAGAGAAGGAAGAGAAAAGAAGCAGAAAAACUGAAGAAAGUAGACAGAUGUCCAGAAAAAGAAAGAGACAGAUCAAAAGAAGAACCAAAGAUUAAGCUACUUAAGAAGCCUGAAAAAGAUGAAAAAGACUUGGAGAAAAAAGAAAAAUCCAAGAAACUGGAAAAAGAGACUCUGAGGGAGGAAAAAAAUGCGAGUAGUGCAUCUGCCAAACGAUCUGAUGGGGAGACAAAAGAAGAGAAGGCAAAAAAAUCAGAAGAUGAGUGUGUAAAGGACUACAGGGACCGAGAUAGAGAUUUUGAAAGAGACAGAGAAUAUGAGAGAGCACAGAGGGAGAAACUGAGACGCCAGGAAGAAGAGCGUCGGAGGCAGAAAGAGCGCUUUGAGAAAGAGAAGGUUUUUAGAAGAAAAGAGGAAGAGGUGAAAAAGGAAAGAGACUUGCUCAGAGAAAAGGGAAAGAAGAGUGAUCUUACAGACUUUACCAGCGGCAUGGACAAAUCUGAGAAAGUAACCAAAGACGAUAAAAAAGAGGAUACAAUUAAGAGGGAUCGUAUCAGAAACAAGGAUCGUCCAGCAAUGCAGCUGUACCAGCCAGGAGCCCGAAGCCGAAGCAGAUUGUGUCAGUACGAAGACAGUGCUGCCAAGCCGACAGAUCAGGGAGCGGAUAAGAAACAAGAGAGUGAGACCAGUAACAUGAAGGAAGAGGAGUGACUAGCAUGCAGGCCUUAUGUGUUCUGACUGUCUGUGCAGCCAAAGAGCAUGUACUACGCAAUCCAGAAGUGCCUUCGAAGUGAAGAAGGAACAAAGGAAGAAGAGGGGGCGUUGCGCUGUUGGAUGUUUCUGGCUAAAGAACCUCAGUUGUAGAUUCGGAAUUUGAAAUGUGUUCUCAUUGUAUUUUCAGUUAUUUGAGUUUAUUUUCCCAGCAUCUAACUACAACAGAGAAGAGAAUCUUUGCAAAGUAGAAAGACUUUGUGGCCUUAAGUUUGAUAUUAAAUGAGUCAUGCAGUCAGGAGGAGAUGACACCUGGA